UGUUUCGCUUCUAACGGGCACAUUAUUUAUAGAAUGAUUUUAUUAGGAUAUUUUCAAAUGAGUAUCGCUAUUUAAAUCUACACAUCGUUAUUUUGAAUAUAAUAUUAUGAUGAUUUAAAUUCCUUUUAUUGUGCAUGUUAAAUAUUCUUUAUAUAAAAUUGUAUGAAUUUUCAAACUGUUUUUUAAAUAUCAUCUUUCAUCAGCCUGCGAAAGUAUCAUUUGUGAGCUCAGCUUUUGUGAUAAAAUUAAAUUUUGUGAAGCUGAUUUUUUUUAUAUUGGAGAAAAUUCUUCAAAGAAUUAUCAGGGACAACAUUAUAAUGAGGAUUAAAAUAACUUUUGUAUUGUAUUUACUUUCUGUGCAUUAUCAGGCGACCUUAAGUUUGGAAAAUGGUCUUGCUCGAACACCUCCUAUGGGAUGGCUAGCGUGGGAACGAUUUAAGUGUAAUAUUAACUGCCGAUUUGAUCCUGAUAACUGCAUCAGUGAGAAACUUUUUAUGGAAAUGGCAGAUAGAUUAGUUGAUGAUGGUUACAGAGAUGCAGGCUAUGUGUAUAUAAAUGUGGAUGAUUGCUGGAUGGCUCCCGCUAGAGAUUCAAAUGGAAACAUGGUUCCAGAUCCUGAAAGAUUUCCUCAUGGCAUAGGUUAUCUGGCAGAUUAUAUGCACAAAAGAGGUUUGAAAUUAGGAAUUUAUCAAGAUUUUGGACUUAAAACCUGUAUGGGGUACCCUGGAAUCAUUGGUCAUAUGGAGCAAGAUGCUAAUACAUUCGCAAAAUGGAAAGUAGAUAUGGUUAAACUUGAUGGGUGCCAUUCUACUUUAGCCCAUAUGAAUCACGGCUAUCCAUCAUUUGGGAAAUAUUUAAAUCUUACAGGUAGACCUAUGGUAUAUUCCUGCAGUUGGCCUUAUUAUCAACUUAUAAAUAAAAUUGAACCAAACUAUAAAUUAAUAUCGACGCAUUGUAACUUAUGGAGAAAUUACCAUGAUAUUACUCCUUCAUGGAAAAGCAUCCUGAACAUUAUUGACUUUUUCGGUGAUAACCAGGAAGUUUUAUCCCGACAUAUUGGACCUGGCUGUUGGAGUGAUCCUGACAUGCUUAUGAUUGGAAAUCAGCCUUUACUUCCCAGUCAAGCACGAGUACAAAUGGCUGUUUGGUCAAUUUUACCUGCUCCAUUACUUAUGUCAAAUGAUUUGCGCCAAAUGCAUCCAAUAUUUAAAAACAUUCUUUUAAAUCUUAAAGCAAUUAAAAUAAAUCAAGAUCCAUUGGGACUUCCUGGUAAAAGAAUAUAUAAGAAGAACUACAUAGAAGUAUGGACAAGGCCUAUUUCUCCAGUACAGAAGGAAAAUACUUCAUAUGCCAUUUUGGUGUUAAAUAGAGGUAAAUCUAAAAAAAUAGUGAAAUUCUUUUUAAGAGAUAUUGGUAUGAUCAACAAAAGUGGAUAUAAUUGUUCUAGUGUGUUUUCUAACCUGAAUCAUCAUCUUCUACCAAACAGCCAUGUGAAUUUUGCUGUUAGAGCAAUGGAUGUAUAUAUGUUAAACUGUGAAAUAAUCUUAAAAUAAAAUUUGAAAUUUAUCUUCCAACAAA